AUGGGCUUCUGGAACCAGGGAGUGCGAAGCUCGCGCUCGAGAAGCCGCAGUCGAUCUCCCUCUAGACGCUCGUACGUGUCGCGACCCUCAUAUAAUCGAAGCGCUUCCUCGAUCUUCUCGGGGUGGGGAGGCCGCGCCUCGUCGUCGAGAGGCUAUGGCUACGGGCAUGGCCAUUCCUCCCGCGCCAGGCCUCGGUCGGGCUUCAUCAACCGCAUCCGCCGGUUCCUCCACCAGAUAUAUGAAAAGUUCAAGAGGCACCCCUUUCGCAUGUUCAUGCUCGUCAUCAUGCCGCUGCUCACCUCCGGGGUUCUGGUCAAGUUGUUCUCCAGCAUCGGGAUAAGGUUGCCAACGGGCAUGCAAAGGAUGAUGGGAGGACAACAACAGACGAGGCAGACGACAGAGAGGUUUUACUCCCGAGGAGGCGCACGGGACGUUGGGGCCGGUACCUCCCUGCCUGGGAUGGCCGGUCCUAGUUGGGGAGACAGUUUAGGCACGGUUAUGGGCAUUGCAAAGACGUUCAUGUGA